CGCCAUUUUCCUGCCUACUUUGUUGACGUUUACUUUUACAAUUAUUCGUAUUUGGAAGAAAAUUAUGAAUUUGGAUGCUUCAGUUUUUUCGUCACGAAAUUUUCAUUGAGGACUGUUGAGUUUCUAUAUAUAUUCUAAAAUUCUUCUGAGGUAAUAAAAGGAAGAUGGCAGACAGUGAUGAUGAAUAUGAUCGGAAAAGGCGGGAUAAAUUUAGAGGAGAGCGAGCAGAAGUAAGCUAUAGAGGAGCCGAAAGAGUUUCGAGACCAAGAGAUGAUUGGAGUGAAAGAGAUUCCUGGUCGCGUCCAAGGCCAAGAGACUAUAGAAGUGGUGGUGUGAGGGAUAGAGGUUAUUCACCCAGCAUGGAAUCUGCUCCCAAAAGGAUGAGACAUGACUACUAUGGUGAUGGUUAUUAUGGACAUUAUGGACCAUAUCAUCAGCCAUCUCAUAGAGCUGCUAAUUUCUUCAGAGAACCUGUCUCAACCCAAAGUGAAGGUUCCACCCCUCCUAUGAUGUCUUUCAAGGCCUUCUUAGCAACUCAGGAUGAUAACAUUUCCGAAAGUGAAGCAAUUGAAAAAUACAAUGACUAUAAACUGGAAUUUCAGAGGCAACAGCUCAACGAGUUCUUCGUUGCACACAAAGAUGAUGAAUGGUUUCGGCUGAAAUACCAUCCUGAAGAUUCUGUAAAACGCAAAGAAGAGCAAAUGGCAGCACUUAAGAAAAGGGUAGAAGUAUUUUUGGAUUUAUAUAACUCUGGAAAAUUGGCGGGAGUUACAGUCGAUUGUUGCAAAACAAAUCAGUUAUUACAUCUUAUGGACACUGUUGUUGUAAAACUUGAAGGGGGCGCAGAAGAAGAUUUGGCUACCCUUGAUCAAGAAUAUGUUGAGUUGGAAGAGAAGUCGAAGGAACAGCAGAAAGUUAGGGACGAGAUAUUAGAGAGAAAAGCUGAUAAACAAAAUGAGCAGAAGAAAGAAGAGAUCGAGGAUCAAUCAGAGAAAUCUGACGCAAACGAGAAAAACGAAGAAGAGGAAAAUGGGGAAAUAAAAGAGGAGAAAGAAGAAUCGAGCGAGGAUAAGAAAGAGGAAGAAAAGACGGAAUCUGCUGCUGAAGCAGGUGAAGUAAUGGAAAUUGACAACGAUGAUAAAAAACAAGCGGAAGAUGAAAAAGUAAAUGCCGACGAAAAUGGUGAGAAUGAUACAAAGGAAGAGAAACCAGAGAAAAAGAAAGAGAAAAAAAGGAAACGUUCUAGAUCGUACUCUGGCAGCAGUAGCAGUUCGAGUAGCAGCAGUAGUGAAAGUGAAGACGAGAAGGAAGAUAAAACUGAAGAAAUUAAGGAAAAGAAGGAAGAAAAGGAGGACAAGGAAGAGGUGAAAGAGGAAGAGAAGGUGGAGACGAUUGAAGAGGAUAAACCAGAAAAACCGAAAGCUCUUCAUAAAACUACCUCUAUAUUUCUGAGAAACUUGGCUCCUACUAUAACAAAACAAGAAGUAGAAGCCAUUUGUGCUAGAUACGCCGGUUUUCUCCGAGUAGCCCUCGCUGAACCUCAGCCGGAAAGGAGGUGGCUCCGUCGUGGAUGGGUCACUUUCAAACGCGACGCCAAUAUAAAGGAAAUCUGUUGGAACUUGAAUAAUAUUAGACUUCGCGAUUGCGAGCUAGGGGCGAUAGUUAACAGGGAUCUAAGCCGGAGAAUCAGGGCCGUUAACGGUAUAACGGCUCAUAAGCAAGUUGUGAGAUCUGACAUAAAUAUCGCUUCCAGAGUGGUGCUCCACAUGGACACAAAAGCUGGUUUAUGGCUGGAUGGAAGAGAGAGUAAGGAAGAUGAGGGAAACGAAUUGUCAUUUGGUUUGAAGUCGAAUAAUCCAGUUCUACACAAUAUUACUGACUACCUCAUAGAGGAAGCCAGUGCUGAAGAAGAAGAACUGUUGGGAUUAGAACCGUGUGCAGAUAAUCAAGAGUCGACCAUAGUGGAUAGAGAUGAUACUCUAAUAAAUGUUCUAGAUAGAAUAAUUCUUUAUCUGCGAAUCGUUCACUCCAUUGAUUACUACAAUCAUUGUGAAUAUCCUAAUGAAGAUGAAAUGCCCAACAGAUGUGGAAUAUUACAUGCCAGAGGACCAGCCCCAACCGCUAAGACCGACAUGACUCAGUUCAUAGGUGAGCCCAUCGAAAACAAAAUGUCGAACUUUUUGCCAGAAAAAAAGAAGGAGGAGAACAAGAACGAAGCAAAAUUGAUCCAACUUAGUCUUAAAGAUCAGGAUACGGAAAUUGAUAAGUUUAUCCAGGCUAAUACAAGAGAACUGGCGAAAGAUAAGUGGUUAUGUCCGUUAUCCGGUAAAAAAUUCAAAGGUCCAGAUUUUGUACGCAAACAUAUUUUCAACAAGCAUGGUGAGAAAAUUGAAGAAGUAAAAAAGGAGGUAGACUUCUUCAAUAAUUAUUUAAAAGAUCCAAAAAGGCCUAUGUUAACCGAUGCCCCACAAACUAAAAGAGAAGAAAUACAGGCUCCUUUUAAUCAUCCAAACAAUUACGGAGGUGGCGGUGGGUAUGGUGGGGGUUAUGGACGUCCACAACCUUACAACAAUUACUAUCCACCUAGGGCCAGAGGUUAUGCUCCUAGGACAAGGGGAAGUCCAGCUGAUUUCAGGCCUGUAAUUCAUUAUAGAGAUUUAGAUGCUCCAAGAGAACCAGAAGAAUUCAUUUAAAUAUAUUGGUAGAAUUAUAUUUGAUUCCAGUUAGAUGACAAUUACUUUAUGUGUGUUAAAUAAAGUGUAUGUUUUCUCAA